UGUCAUUUCAAAAAAUAACGACGCGAUUGGAGUUGAUCAAUUUUAUCUCGUUUGUUUUACAACAUACUGAAACUAUUCGUGCAUUUUUACUAAAUCAUCAUGGCGAAAAGCUACGUGACUAACUUUCGCGGUGAAAGUUUCUACACUCCUAAUGAAAAAAUUCAGAUCAAGGAAGAGUACACCACUCCGAUAGAAGAAGAUUUUGGAAGCCACAAUUUGAUGGAGCAGUCCUUUGAAAAUCCGUAUGGAUCAAUGAGGAAAUCUCUCUCUAUGAACGAUAUUGCUGCGCUUAGAGAAGAUAUGCUAAAGAUGGAACUUCACGACGGUGACGAUAUAUACGAAAGAUAUAGAAGACCUACUGGUGCACCACAUGAACUGUCUAGAACUAAGUUUGUAUCUAUGGCUGAAGCUAUUUAUCAUUACCAGAGAGAUACUCCAGGACGAUUUCACUCCAAGAAGCCACAGAUAUUCAAAUCACAGUGCUCUUCAAGUCGACCCAAUUUAACCAUACCGCAGUCUCCCAUGUUGCGCUGUAAGACCCGUGCUCGCCCUCUCCAUAUUAUGUCACAGAAAGAGAGGGAAGAAAUGGAACUUGAAGAACUAAAGAAGUUUAAAAUCAAAGCUCAACCUAUCCCCAAAUCUGUGAUUGAAGGAACGAUACAUCUGCCUGAGGUACCAAGAAAACCUAUAACUGUUCCUGAGCCGUUCAAGUUAACAGAACUAAAUAAAAAGGUAGUCCAGUCUCCCGAUCAUUCUCAAAAGUUUAAAGCUCGCCCUGCACCGAAACAUAUCUUGGAAAAGCCUCAAAUUCCUGUGAAACCACCUGUCCAAGUGACUAAACCAGUCAGUCCUAAGUUCCAUUAUAAAAGAGGUAACUCUUCUGAUCACCUCAAGACCGAAACAAGGUCGAAUAUCCAAACUACAAGCUCAUCAGCAAAACCUGCUGAAAAACAUCAGCGCCACGGUCCUCUGAAACCUGAACCUUUCUCAUUUGAGAAAAGAAAUGAAGAAAUUAAGCGCCGAAAAGAAGAAUGGAUUAAACAACAAAUUGAAGAAGAGAAAAAGCAAGCUUCUCUGUUCAAAGCUCAGCCUUUGCCUGGUGGAGUGAGAAAGCAAAUGCAUAAAACAACCGCAAAAUGCAGUUCAUCAACAGCAUCAUCUGAGAAUAAAGAAAAUCAAGUUAAAUUUGAAGCUCGUCCACCCGUAGUUUUGUACAAAGAACCCUUCAAGCCAGUUCUCCAGCCAUUACACAUUCUUAAGGCUAAACCAUUUGAUUUGACGACACAGAAACGAGCUGCAGAGCGGGAAAAGUUUGACAAAUUGUUGAAAGAGAAGGAAGAAGAGCAGGAAAGAAUGAGGUUGCAGCGGGAAAAGGAACAACAGGAAGCCGAAGAGAAAAUCAAGGCUGAAAUGAGAGCCAAACUAGUUCAUCACGCUAAACCAGUGCCAGCUUUGACACCCUUUGUUCCGGAAAGAUCUGUUGCCCCUCUAACUGUUCCUGAAACCCCUAAAUUUGUUAGGAGAUUGAGACAAAACUAAACUUACGUACCAAAUUAUAAAUAUGAAAUCUUUCCUAAGUCCAGGGUAUUUGACUAUUUAUGUACAUCUAUCACCCAUGAUUACAUCUAGGGUAUUUUUAUUAUUGGCUUUCCUUGGGAACUGUACUUUUAAUUUCUCUAGGAUCAAAAACUUAUAUCCUUUACAUUAAUAAUAAUACUUUUGUAGAGUUACAGUAAAUGUAUUUGAUGGGGCAACAUUUCACAACCUUAUUUGUGUUGAUAACAAUAAAUUUCAAAUACCCUUUAGGUAGAGUUAGGUAAUAGUUAUUAACAUUAUGUACUGACAUUUAUUUUGCUAUGUAGUUUUAAUUAUGUUUGACUAUAA